AUGGGUUGGAACAGGUUCCCAUCAUGUCUGAGCUCAUCAGAAGCAAUCCACAGUGCAAUUCAGUUCAACCAACGUACUGACCAGCCUUGCCGUCGCAUGUUGCUGGAAAUGGCAUCAAUAGAUUUAGAAGCGAUCAGUAAGAAAUUGGCAGCCCAGCUGCAUUUACGUAAAGCAGCAAUUAUCAAAAAGUCAAAAGUGAAUCCAUCAAAAAUCGACUUGCAGCAUCAAACAGUCCACAGAUUUACACAAGUUAAAUUUAGGCUAUGGGAGACAAUUCGCCUCAUUCUCAAACGACCAGGACAUCGGUAA